GCCAGACAAAGAAAUAAGGUGUGUUGUGAAAGCGAAGACGAAACCAACCAAUAAAUUCAAAGAGCAUGAGAAGGUUUAGAAGAUUGCGCAGAUGAGAGAGAGAAUAAAAAUCAAACUGAUUACAAUCAAAGCUAAUUUAAGAUGUCAGGUGUGAUGGGAGAGGACAGUCUGGUCCCUAGAGCGCGCAGCAGUCUGCCGGUGGUGUGUACUGGUGGACUGGGGCUUCUUACUCUGCUGUGUGCUUGGCUGCUGGACUCUGACAAGUACAUUGAGAGAACUGUAAUGAUCGCUUUUUGCAUCACUGUAGAAAUGUUUAUACACAGUAUGUGUUUGUUUGCCGAGGAGUGGCUCUUCCAUUCAAGACAAAGGUAUCAAGGCAGAAUAAAUGAGAUCUUUCAAGCUUGCUUUAGAGGGCGUGUCAUUUUAGGAAUGUGUGCAAUAUCCCUGGGGUUGGGGUGGAGUUUCUCAGAAGAGCAGUGUAGUACCAUGGCCCUCACGUGUGCUGUUUACCUGCUGCUCAAAUGCUUGGGGGUUCUGGGCCCUGCUCCAGUUGAGAUCUCCGAAAUCUGUGAAACGAAGAAGAUGAAUGUGGCACAUGGUUUGGCCUGGUCCUUCUAUAUUGGCUACCUCAAAUUUGUCCUUCCAGAUUUACACAACAAGGUCAGCCGGUAUUCCUCCACCAGGGGCAACCUGAGGUCUCCACGUCUACAUAUCCUUCUACCCCUCAACGCAAAGGUUCCAUCCAAACCUGAAGAGGAGGACACUAAUGUAGUUUUUCACGAAAACCUUCCAGAACUGGAGCGGGAUACAGCAGGGGUGCGAAAUCGUAGCUACAAGAACAGUGUCUACAAAAUCACCCAGAACAAUGAGGCAUUUAGCUGUGUUCUGGAAUAUGCCACACCACUGCUGACACUGUAUCAGAUGUCCCAUGAGAGCAGUGCAGGAUUUGGAGAAAGAGAACGAAAACAGCAGGUCCUGUUGUUCUACAGAACCCUCAGCCAAAUUCUGGAAAAUUCUCUAGAGUGCCGGAACUGUUACCGGCUCGUCCUGCUCAACGAUGAGCACACAGGUGACCCUCAUUACCUCUCCAGAGAGAUCAUCCAACACCUGAAACAGCAGGAUGGAGAGAUUUACAUGGAUCCCAUCCAAGAGCCACCAAAUGAAGUCCAUCCUGUUCCAGAAGAGGGUCCGGUUGGGAAUUUUAAUGGUGCCCUGCAUGCCACUUUCCCAGAAGACCCAGUGAGCAGCAACCCCACCCUCAUGUUCAGCCAACCACAAUCUUUAAGAUCUGAACCAGUGGAGACCACUGAUCAUUUUAACCAACCUAAUGCAAGGAGAUGGUAUUGAGUUUCUUAGAAUCAUUUAAUUGACUUUGAUGUAAUAACAAUAAUUAACAAUCCAUUAAAUCAGCUGCUCAUAACCACCCUUAUUUUCUUGCUGUUAUAUUUUAUUCUAUUUCAAUUUCAAUUCAAUUUUAAUGCUAAUUUUAAGCAAUUAUAAUUUUUUUUAUUUGAAUUAAUGAUAAUAACCCUGCCUGAACACUUUUCAAUGACCUCAAAAUGAAUUUGGACACCUGUGUCACAAAUUAAUGUGCACAUGUUUUAAACACAGCAUCAUUUAUUUACACAUUUUGAUAUUAUAUAGAGGUUUUUAUACAAUCAUCAGAGACAAAUAUAUCUUUUUGAAAGAUACAGCCUUAUUAAC